CAAUACACACCUGCACACUUCUGCGUCGUAGGCGCCGAACGGACACGCUCUCCUUUUACAAAUCCGGGGGCUCGUUCUUUUGAACGAUAAAACCGAACGGAAUACUUACUACAUCACGGCGACGGUUUUCUUGUAUCAAAAAAACCAUCAAUAAAAAAAAAUUUUUUAAUCAUUGUUUUUUUUUUCGGUUUUUGUGUUGAUUUUGAGUGCCGAUUUUAUUACAAAAUUGUUUUCGUUAGUUGACAUAGUGCUUGAUUUUUUUCAUUAAUAAGGUUGUUUUGUUGACUACAUUUGUUAAUAGUGAUAAUCAUUUUUAGUGUUUAAAUUUUGUUUGUGAAUGUUUAAUUGUUUUUGUGGACAAAAGUUUGGAACUCUUUGGAUCAAGGGGUCGUGGAUUCAUUUUGGAUACUAAGAGAUGGAAGGAGGAGAAUGCUUAGAAAUGGAUUUGAGUACUAAUAGGCAACGAGAUCAGCAAGCUCCGGAUAGUUGUAAAGUUAGGGUAGCGAAAAGUGUUUUUUCUAUAAGAAGCCUAGUCGAUAUUGGUGAAGGUGGAGAGAAAUCAGAGGAAGAAGUUAACCAAAAUAGUUCAAUAAAUACUGCACAAGAACCUAAUAGAGCAGAGAUUAGUUCGGAGGGUAUGGGAGUAUCGGAAGAGAUGGCACCGAAUGCUGGUUCCGAACCAAGACCGACCGUUCCAGACCAAAGCGAUGGUAGUGACCCUGAACCUGAUGAGUUUGCACCGAAACGGAAACAGAGGCGGUACCGGACGACAUUUACUAGUUACCAACUGGAGGAAUUGGAGAAGGCUUUUUCUAGAACGCAUUAUCCAGAUGUAUUCACGAGGGAGGAAUUAGCAAUGAAAAUUGGAUUAACCGAAGCUAGGAUACAAGUAUGGUUUCAAAAUCGUCGAGCGAAAUGGAGAAAGCAAGAAAAAGUCGGUCCUCAAGCUCACCCUUACACUCCAUAUUUAGCCCAAUCCCCAGGCGGUCCAACCCCAUCGGUAGUCGCACCCACCCUUCCAAAUCCUUUCAACAUCCCGUUCGGGCUCCGCAAACCAUUCGAUACCCUAAGUUUUCGUUAUCCGCCCCAUAUGCUCCCUAGUUAUCUACCCACGCCCCCACAUUACCAUAGAGGCGCGCCGCCACUUCUUCCUCCCUCGGUAGGGCUUUACCCUUCGGCCAGCUCGUUUCAGACCCUUUUGGCCAACAUUUCAGCCGCCCAAAGACCUAAAUUACCCACCCCUGAAUUUACGGCGUCGCCGCCCCUCUCCCCCGGCGGCGGUGGAAGUUCUACGGCCGUAACCCCUCCGGAUGUUGAUAGAAGGAGUUCGAGUAUUGCGUCGUUAAGAUUGAAGGCGAGAGAACACGAACUUAGGCUGGAAAUGUUGCGGCAAAAUGGAGAUUUAAUUAGUUGAAUUAAUUAAUGUGGUUUAAAAAAAUUACAGUAUUUUUUUUGUUUUUAAAAUACCAUUUUGCUUUUUGGAGAAAGAAAAUUAUUAAAAAACGAUUUAAUUUUUCUGUGAAAAUAUACUUAGUUUUUUUUUCCUGAAAUAACUAGAUUAUGGUAAUAAGUAUUAUAAUAUGUAGUACAUAAAGAAAUAAAUUUUAGCUUCUAUCGUAAGGUGGGUAAAAAAAUAAAUCUGUAAUUAUUUAAUUAUUUUUUACCACGCAAUUUUAAGCCUUCUAAAACAUGUAUAUUAUUAUCUUUUUAAAUAACAAAAUAACCUAAACACUCAAAAAUGUAGAUAAAUUAUUAUAAUUAUAAAUAGUUAAUUAUUAAAUAAUUUUAACUUAGUUUUUAGUUUAUAAAUAUGUAAAGCAGAAUGUUCUAAAUAUUUGUAAAAAAGUAUGUAACCGAUUCCGUCCAACUAUGCCUGUAAAUAUUUAAUUAUUAUUAACAUUUAGUAUUGUUAUUCAGAAAUUUAUUCGCAAGAAAAAAUAUUAAAUAAAGUAUUUUGUAAAAGUUAA